AUGGAAAACUCAAAAAACUCUUUAAAUAACCACAAUCUCUUAAUCCCCCCUCCGUGAGCGAACACAAUCAUUAGAAAAAUCCCUAUUUUUUGCCCAAAAACCCACCUUCCAUGAGCGAACAAAAUUUUUAAUAGAAAAAUUUUUUAAGGAAAAAAAUUUAGAUAUAUAAGUGAUAACUAGUAUAAUGAAAUCACGAGCUAAUUCUGUUUAAUUUUAAACAAAUUGCGUUCUAAAACAUAAAUUUUACAAAUUAAAUUAAUAUUUGCUUUUCAAUUUUUAUAGAAGUGAGAUUUUUUUAAAUUUCAAAAAGAAAUUUUCUAUAAAAUUUAUAUAAAUUUUUUUAAAAAAAAAAAUAACCUUCUCCGUGAGUGAACAAAAUUUUUUGGUUCGCUCACGGAGGGGGGAGUUAGAAUCUAGCAAUGAAGAAGUAAAAAUAGGCAACGGAUCCAGCCACAACCAUAUAUUUCACUCCAAUGGAUUUCAUAGCCAUCUUGAACCUACUUCAAGAGAAGAGCUAAAAGUUACAAUUCCUUCUAGAUCACAACAAAAUAAUGCAAAAUCAUCUAAAUGCAAAAAAUUUGACAUUUCUGAUUUAAAAAAAGACCCAGAAUUGUAUAAAAGAAUACUAGAAGAAGCAAUACGUAUUGAAAAAAAUAAUAACAAAUCAUGGAUUUAUGAGCUGAAUUUUCAAAUCCAAUAUCCGACUGCGUUUGGUGAAAAGUUGUUAAUCGUUGGAAGUCAAGAGUUUUUAGGAAAUUGGGAUAUAGCGAAUGGACUAGAGCUUAAAUGAAAUCCAGGAAGUAUUUGGGAAGCGUCUAUUCCUAUCGCAAAAGGACAAAUGUCUGACUUUGAAUAUAAAUAUGUACACAUGAAAGGAGAUGAUAUAGUUUGGGAAGGAGGAGACAAUAGAGUUUUGAAGGUUUCCGAUGGAAAGCCAAAAGGAUCUAGCAUGAUUUAUAAUCUGCAAGACAAAUGGCAAAAAUAA